GUCGAAACAGGGCCCCGCGGCGAGGGGGAGGAGCGCGAAGGUGUCGAUCUAAAGUUCGUCGACCCCAUGCGAUCUGGGCGAGAGGAAUGGAUGACGAUGGCACCGGACAGCAUGGCUGGCCUCUUCCUAGAUGGCAACGGGACGGUCCGACAAAGGAAAGCGGAUGCCUUUGCCGUGAAAAGAAGCAAGCAGGAAGAGGAAGCCUUCGAGAAGGCCUUCAAAGAACGGGGUCCAUCGCUGCUCUCCCAGCAGCAGGAUGGGAGCUUUGCAGAGGCCAAGGAGGCUCAGGACAGCCUGCGCAAGAGAAAGGUCGGAAGUAGCGAAGUCUGGGGCAUGUCAGCGAAAGAACAGGAGAAGCAAGCCCGAAGCGGUCCGGCGGCUUUGCGAAAAUCCUUCGAUCCGGAGAAGGAUCUCGUAACAAAGAAGCCUAUCUCCUCUGACGAGUUUUCCAAGCUCGUGGAAAACUCGCAGACGGGACUCACAGGGCGAUUCAGUCGCGGCGGAGUUUCCUCCUCCUUCCUCUGA